ACGGCAAGUUCGUUGUCAGCCGGAAAGCGCCCAUACUGCUUGGCACAGAUAUUUCAAGGAUCCAGCCUAACGAAUUGCGCACGAAUGUACACAGUCACGGCCUGGAUGGCACUUUGUAUUGGGGACGAGUUUCCAUCUGCGAAACAAGGCCCGAGUGACAACCGUCAGAUAGUCUUCUCGAAGUUCUGCCCGUACCAGUAUGAGUGUUAGAGUCGAAUUCCAACGCCGAAAAGUCAAGCCAAUGUGGUCAGAUAGAGACAAUGCAUGCAGGUGAGCUUUCACAACUCUCGAACGGAAUUUCGAGCGCCAGCACCUCUCAAAAAAAAAGCUCAAAAACGCGCAGGCUUCAAGUUGGCGCAGGACACGGGUUUCAUGGAAACGCUGUAUUAUGGAAGCCUUGACACAUUUAUGCCGACGGCGAACAAAUGGGGACGUCACUCAUCGUCGUCCGACAUUGCUUGACAUUCCAGACGUUGACCAACUCCCUUGAAUCGCUGUCCAGCUACAUCGUUUGUUUCCUCAAUCAUCUUAAUCAGUCUUCACAAUGUCGGGAGCAGCAUCUGCCGCAGCAGGUUCAAAAUUCCAGGCUUUCAUGAAUCACCCGGCUGGCCCCAAAACGGUGUUCUUCUGGGCUCCGAUGAUGAAGUGGUGCUUGGUCGCAGCUGGGCUGAAGGAUCUUUCGAGGCCAGCAGAGAAGCUUAGUGUAUCACAGAACGUCGCCCUUGCUGCAACUGGCUUCGUCUGGGUUCGUUGGUCCUUGGUUAUUACCCCAGUUAACUAUAGUCUGUCUGCGGUCAACUUCGUCGUUGGAACGACUGGUCUCGGUCAAUUGACUAGGAUCUGGCACUACCAACGCACCAAGCAAGAUCCGGUACUUGACCUGAUCAAUUCGAGAAAAGCGGCGGACGCGAAGGCAUGAGUUGGUUUUGGUGGGACUUUGUAUCGUGUACUAUCUGAUACCUGUGCUUUGUUGACUAUUCUACAUUCUGUAUUAGACUUCACUGCGUUCCUAGCGGAAUUUUGUCUACCAGAUUGCCACUGCUACGGCCAGUGCCACUAGUUUCAUAGGUUGAAAAACAAAUCAGCUUGCGAUUGCUGAACAAUUUCAUAUACAAGUGUGUAUGAGACCGAAGGCUCUAGGUUGGGAUGGUAUCGGAUGCAAUGCUCACUCUGAGGCUCCCCUGUGAACAUUUCCGGGCCCGCAAACAUGCGACUUCACUCAAUAUGUGUUACUACCGUACUUCCCAUCCGCCGAUCUUGCGUGGCGUUGAAACCAGCCAUGUAAGGUCUGUAAUUCAGUAUAUGACAGACCUCCUUACCAUACGGGGCCACGUUUAUGUCGC